CGAUCUCCACUGCUCGAUCCAUCAUGGCGAUGCACGCUAAGGCUACUCCGCCGCAGAUCCCGGACACCCGCCGGGAGCUUGCCGAACUGGUGAAGAGGAAACAAGAGCUUGCAGAGACGCUUGUGAAUUUGGAGCGACAAAUAUAUGCCUUUGAAGGCAGCUACCUAGAAGACACUCAAAUGUACGGCAACAUCAUCAGAGGAUGGGACCGAUACCUAACCAACCAAAAGAAUUCUAAUAGUAAAACUGACAGACGAAAUCGAAAAUUCAAGGAGGCUGAGCGUCUGUUCAGCAAGUCAUCAGUCACAUCAGUUGCAGCAGUGUGCGCGCUCGGUGGGAUACCAGAUCACAUGAACGAAAAACGUGAGGCGGGGAGCGGCACAGAAAGCGACGCCUCUCCAGACCUUCAGAACCAAGAAAACGAACCCAGCCAGGAGGACACGGAGGACGUCGACUCCACCCUGCAGGACUUAAAACCUCAAAAAGCUGCAUCUUCCUCUUCAUCUGGUAGUCAUCACGGAAGCCAUAAGAAGAGGAAGAACAAAAACCGGCACAGCCCUUCUGCCAUGUUUGAUUAUGACUUUGAGUUCGACAUGAAAGUGAACAAGAAACCCAGAGCUGAAUAUUCUACCUGAGCAAGACAAGUGCAAGAUGUGGACCCACAAGAGACUUUGUGAACUUUUUACACCCCCCCUCCCCCACACUUGUCAUAUUUCAUCUAUGAUGCAUUGAAAACAUUCCCCAUCUUCCAAGUGUCCUGCAUGUUACUCCACACCAGCCAGUAACAUUUUGUAUAGUGUUUAAAAAAAAGACUAUUUAUUUUGUCGGCAAUUUUUUUUCAGCCCACAUUGUUGUGAACCCCCUUCGAUUAUCUGUAUUGUUUUAUUUCAUUGUUUUUCAAGAAGCUAAUAAAUUACCAGUGAUGCUGGUUUUUUU